AUGUCCGCAAGAAAAGCAGAGCCAGUCGUCAAGAAGCCGCAUGAAAAGAAAGAGACCAGUCCGAAAACAAAGCCUGUGCAUGAGGAGAUCGAAGACGAUGUCUACGAAUAUGAGGACGUUGAGGAGGACGAGGAAGAGGUGAAGAAGCAGGAGAAAACAAAACACCUGACAGACUCCCGCUACAAGGUACCAGUUAACGAGGAUAAACAAUCCGAGGAUAAAGUGCUCAAGCAAAAACUGUUGAGUUCCAUCAAAUCAACAGAAGCCGCCUCGCUGCUAACAAAACCAGCUGAUCAUUAUGAGCAAGAUAAGAAGACUGAAGAAUCAACAGCUGAUCUACACGAAGAGAAAAAGACAUCAGCUGAUCUGCGCGAAGAAAAGAAGGCAUCAGCUGAUCUGCACGAAGAGAAGAAGCCAGUCCACUCGAAAACAGCUGAUUCCAAUUCUGGUGACGACACAAAGAAGUACGACAUAGUUUCGGUGAAACAGCCGCGGAGGCUGACGGCGGCGGAGGACGAGGGCACGUUCGACUUUGUCGACACACCGUUGGGCGACAAACAGCUGACCGGAGCUGGCACGUCGCAGGCAUCACGUGUCAACGUCAAGAAGGGACCAAACGGACAGGACUACGAGUACGAGUAUGUCUACUACUAUUACAAUGACGACGAGGAGGACCCAUCGAAGGGAGCCAAUUCGGCAGCGUCCAGUUCAAAGGGUGGCGCAUCGAAUGCUCCGUCUCGAGGUGUGGCCAACCAGCCAGCUGACCGACAAUCGGCUGUCGACCAGACGGCCGCUCGCAAGCGACCCCCUCCCCCCGCACCUCAGCAGCAGGAAGAGGAAGAGGAGGAGGAGAGGUACAGUGGUGGCGCGAGAGGAGGCCAGGGUCCCAAGUCCAGAUACACAACGAUUGAGCGUACCAGGGGUGGGGGAGAAGUAGCCACCACCCCGGAGCCAGCCAGCAACGAGGUGCUACCUACCAGGGGAGGAACCAGGUCGAGAGGCCGCAGUGGCCAAGUUUCCCCUUCACCGGCCUCCGUGGAGCAGGCCGAUGACGUGUCAGAGGAGCGCCUCCCCGCCAACACCCGCUUCCCACCUCGGUCAAGGUCAUCCAACCACAACACUACACCCCUCACCCCUCCACACGACACACCUGUCACGAGGGUGCGCGGAUCUGGUGCUAAUUCAGGUGGCGGCAGUGUGAAGCGUCCGAGCUUGGAACUGGUUGACAGCAGUUCGUUCCGCACGCACGCGAGCGACAGUUCGCCAGACCAGGAUCAGGGACAACCUCAGCUCAGUCAUGGCGUUGAGGAGACCUCUCCAAGAGUUCAAAGCCGGCCCCGUAUCCGUCACCCGCAGUCACAGACCCAAAGUGGCGCAUCAGGUGUGACUCCAGUCACCGACGAGGGCACACUCAAAGUGGCCAUUGUACCACAACUGGCACAAACCACACGUGACAGUGACCUUGAGGAGUAUGUGGUGGAGCCUCAACAGUCACCACGGCAGAGACAACCACAGGCACCACAGACCAGUGUAGGACAACAGGCACCUCAGACCACAAGGGAGAGUGACCUUGAGGAGUAUGUGGUAGAACAACCAAGACAACGACAGCGCAUCCCGUCUGCGCAGCCCACAGAGCUGCCAACCUACGAGGCAGAGACGCCGGUUGGUACCACUGUGCAACCUCCCCCUCCGUCACCGCAGGCUGACAAGGAGACAGCUAUGACGGACAAGGCAGCCUACGACUUGUACGCAAUUCUGCAGCAGACGCAAAGUGAGGAGGCCAACUCACUGACCGGCCAACCACUCACCACAGAUGAGGAGCAGGAGGAGGAGGAGGAGCAGACCACACUGCUGGUGUCACCACCCACCACCACCACAACCACCACCACCACCACAACCACCACUACCACCACCACCACACCGGAACCGACCACCACCACUGUGCCGCCGGCUGUGUCCUCAGUGAGAGGUCGCUACCGCGGAGGUGACCGUACGCGCGUGCGCAGUCAGGCAACCAGCACAACCACAACCACCACCGAGCAACCAGAUGACGCAACCAAGCGCACGCGAUUCCAACCUUCCAAGAACCGGCAGGAGGGACAGGUGUCAGCAUAUGGACGUCGAGGUUCGAAGAAACCAGUGACCGAGCAGGUGGAUAGUUCAAGUGCCACUGAGGAGGAAUCGACACCUAGACCAACUGGAACUCGAAACAGGUACCGCAACAACGGCAGAGCAUCGACAACAACAGAAGCGAGCCAAGUGACCGAACAACAACAGCAGUCAUCGCGCAGUCGGCCCUCGUUCGGUGCGCCCUCCGACAGGUUCAACAGCCAGCGUAGACGCACCGGAGGAGUGACCAAGGCCCCUAGCACCACUCAGGCUGGAGGAGGAGAGGAGGAAAGCCAUGACUCCUCCUCAGAUGACGCAAGCAGUGCUGCCACCACAACCACACGACCCACAAGGCCACGUCUGAAUAUCGCUGCGGGAGGUGCUAGGCCCCUACGCCCCGGACCCAAAAUAAACAUAGGGGGUCGCGGCAAGCUUGGAGGCCCCCCUAGCCCCCCUGUGUCACCCUCUGCUGCCCCAACCACCGCACCCGACCUAGAGCCCACCAGCACAAGUCCACUGCCCGACGAGGCUGCAUCUGCACCUGCUCAGGACAACCAGGAGCCUUCAGAAGCGCCGGACGCGCUGACUAGACUGCGCAACAGACCGCGCCUGCGUGUAGAGAAGCCGGCCGCCAAGGGUGCACAAGUGACCGCCACCGUCGCACCCAACAAGAGGCCCCUCCCCAACGGGCUGCUUGCCAGGCGACCGAGGCCCGGCCAGGCACAAGCCACCACCGAGGCGGCUGCAACAUCAGUCGACGACGAGCAUCAAGGCGAUGAGGAAAGCGAAGCAUCGGACCCGGUCCCAACGGCGGCGUCGACUAGUGAGGCGCCCGUGGCUGUAACGACGCCCGAAUCCAGGCUGGCGUCCCUGGUGGGCAGGCGACGCCCUGCUCUACGACGCCCCGGCACACUAGGCGCCAAUAGACCUGUAGAUCAGUAGACUGGAUCCGCCCGUACACUCGGCUAAAUAACUCACUGCAAAAGAGCACCUCUCACAUGUCUUUAUAGUGAGGUCCACGUUAUAAUGGCAGUGUUUGAUUGACAAUGGUAUUAUUGCUAUCCUUGUCUAUCUGCAGACAAAGCAGAUAGCGCUAUUCUUUUCCACCUUCUCGCUGUUGUUGCGAAAUCGUUUGUUGACUAUGGACAAUAUAAUGAGCUAACAAAAAACUUCAUUUAUGAAAAUGUAUCAAUAAAUCUUGAUAAUUCUUAUCAACAAACGAUUUGGAAACAGUUUGAAGCUAGUAAAGGAUAGAGCUAUCUACUUUGUUUAAUGUCAGACAAGGAUGUUGAUCAGGUGCUGACUUUAUAACUAUCUCACUAUAGUUGGAUGACAGCAGUGAGAUUAGAGAUAAAUGAGAUAAAUAGGUUGAAAUGUAUCGAGUUAAGGCUCCUUCAUAUCGGUCUUCAGUUUAGCUGAUCUAACGUGCUAAAUUAUGCUUUCUCUAUGGUUCAACCUAUUGUGAGGUCCGCGUUAUUAUGGCUAUCCUUGUCUAUCAUUCUACAAAGCGGAUAGCGCUAUUCUUCUCUAGCUCCGCAAAUUUGCCAGAUCUUUUUUAAAGAAUGUUAAAUUAUUUAACAAAACAGUCAAUCUCAAUUUAUUAUUACAUUAUUUAAAAAUAUAUUUUCUUGACAAAUGCAAUAUAAUUUAUCAAGAAUGAACAGUCAAUACUGCAUUAGAUAUACCGGUAUCAGCUCUGUAGAAGGCAGUGAAUCGGCAACUCUGUUCGCCUAUCUUUCUCCACUGCCAUUAUAACGUGGACCUCACUAUGCUGGACUGCUGGACUGCAGACCAGCCUUUCUUCUAAUUUUGUUGGGUUGGCAAUAGUUUGAGGACAUAGGUAUUUAAUGAGAUGGACCACUUGUGCCUUAAUCAGUGAGUUAUUUAGCUCAGUGGGUCGUAGAUCCUCAUCAACCCUGUAGAGUAGCUCUAGUUAACACUGGCAGAUAUAGGUGGCGCACGACGAGAUGCUCCCUGGCUUCCAUUUGAAACAAUGAAAACCAGGGACCAUCUCGUUAUGCGCUACCUUUAGUUGUGAGAACUAUAUAAUUGAUGCCCGGUUGCAGAGUCGUCACAUAAAGUUAAUUCGGGCAUUUAACUUAUUUAUGAAGCCAUAACUCCACUUUUCGUUGCACAGAUGUCAAAGUAAACUAUAGCUCUCAUAAAACUGAAAACGCCCAAUUAAACACAUAAUUUCGUUGCAGAGUCGUCAAAAAGAACUUUAUGUCUUCAAUAGCUAAAAACGGUCAUUUAAGUUAUGGGCCCGAAGUCUUGCUGUUAAAUCCAAUAUCUACACUCGCCAAAUGCAUUUUAGAGGUUGUGAUAGCUUUUUUGGAAGAUGUUCAUUAAAAACCAUCUGUAAUAUUAUCGCUAAAUAUGGUGAGAAAUCUCGCCAAAAGCCAAGAGUCGCCAUAUGGUUUAUCAAUUUUAUGUGAGGUCUUUUAGGUCUGUUCACAGUAAUGUCGAUCGAAACUUCCCCCGAUGCCAAGACAUUGGUUGGAUAGAAGCAUGUACGGAAAAAAGUGAAUAGAGCUGCAGUGUGACCUAUGUGUGAUGCUAAUUCGGGAUAUAGCUAAAUGGGCUUCCGCAAACGACUGUGCAGCGACCAACCAUUUAUAUGAGUGAUUUUAAACUACGUCUCACAUAGCUAUGUUUGAUUUUAUGUAACGACUCUGCAACCGGGCAUCAGUCUAUAGAAAAUAUUCCAAAUUUUAGCCACGUAAAAAGGUUUCCUAAUACGUUUCCAGUGAAGUCUGUUACAAUCUGCCAGUGUCAACAUAAAGAGCUGAUCUAAAUUGAUGUCACAAAAUAAUCAAAAUUAAAUUUUCGAUACUUUUGCUAUUAUUGUCAGUCUCUCUUUUUUCCAACUGCAUUCUUUAUUUGAAUAAUGUAUCCUUUUCAACCUAUCUACCUUCUUCUUGUUGAGCUUGUUCUGUAUUACUACUACUUUAGGUUAACUACUCAAUUUAUACUAUUUAUUAGGCGUGUUUAUGUUUUUUUAUACCAUCCAAUCAAGUAUUUUACAUUUUAAUUGAUGUGAGAGUUUUAUAGUUGAAAUAUGUGUCUGCUCAUCUUUGCAAAUAAGUUUGAAUGUAUUUUUUUUAACAUGAAUGUUUCCACUAUUUUCGAUGAAUUGAUCAUUCUUCAAACUGCAGUAGACGACAAACAGUAUUGUAGAAGUGAAAUUAAUAAUAAAAUGAAGUGAAAUGAUAUUGUAAACUGGAAUAAUUCACAUUUGUUGCAAAUGAUAACUUUGGAAUACACAAAAGUUUAGCCUCUUGUUUGUUUUUCAAUACAGUAAAAUCAGAAUUGAACUAUUGCAUGUUAUAUUCAAUGACAUUAUAAUAAACGUAUUCCUAUUGAUGAUUCAAUAUCAAGGCUCUAGAAAAAACAUAUUUUUCAACAGAAAUCUGUAACCAGUAAGUAUUUCUCUAUGAAGGCAAUCAUAACAUUAUUUUGGUUUUUGUUCUAAGAAAAGGACAUAGAUUUAUGAGAGUAUUGAAACUUCGAAAAAUUAUCAAAUAUACCUCUGACUGUUGAGGAUCAUUGUUGUAUAUACUAUAUAUAUUUAUAAGUUUUCUACAACCGUACUUAUAGACUGCUUUCUUUAUAAAACAACAUUUGAUCGGAAGAAAAUAAGACGAAUUUUAUGUUUUAUUUAGUAUAAUGUGUUGAAAUAUUUGUUGAGAUUUCUCUCACUGUAUUGUCUCAAAAAACACUUAUAAUUUGUAAUAGGGAAUAAUUUGUGGAGUAGGGAAAUUUGUAAAUACAAGUAAGUGUAAAAAUGGGUUAAUGUGAAUUUGAAGACAAUGCAAGUACCAUACCAGUUUGUUUAAGCUGAUCCUAUACGAUUUUUUUCAUUCAAGAACUAAAUGUAUUUACAAGAUAACAUUUUUAAUUAUGAAUUAUUUUAAUUCGCAAAAAUCCCACGAGAGAAAAGAAGGUAUAAACUCAUUAUAAUUGUUUGAGAAAAGUAAAAAAUGUUUUUAGUCAUCCUGCAAAAAUGAUGAGUUAAAUCAAUAAUUAAUUAUUGAGAUCUUGAAGAAUUCAUCUCUUAAUGUGAAUCUCAGAAUUGCCUUUUUGUAAUUGCAAAUCUAAGUGAUUAUCAUAUUAUUUGAUUUAAGUUUUUCUUUUAUAAAAAUUAUUACUUUUAGCUAUUUUGUACCACCUUGUUGUAUGAAACUUGUGUGCCAAUGAUAUAUAAUUAUUGUAAAUAUUACUAUGUGUAUGACAAUUUAUUAUGAAAAAUAGACUUAAUUAUAAAAUUGAA